AUGCCUUGCGGUCGCGUAACUCUCGUCCGCAACCCGAACUAUAUCAAAGACGGCCUCAAGGCGUAUGGCAACUACCUGAGGAAAUUCGCCGUCGCACCCACUCUGGAGGGUCCGUUUGAUCUUGUUCACGAGAUCUUCGACGACAGCACAAGUCUCCUGAGCCGCCUACGCAAGCAAGACAACUCUGUGGGAACUCGCCCUCUGCUCCUCAAGCGAGAUGUCGCAGGUCGCACCGGGCACGUCGACGCCACCGAUAUACAACAGGAUACUGAGUACCUGGCUCCUAUGUGGUCGACGGAGCUCACAAAGGCAGUGCAGAAACGAGGCGUGGAGAGUGGUCACAACAUCUUUCGGCCAGCUGACAGUACAACUUUCAAGCCAUCUGCUGGUCAGACAUGGCAUAUUCGCUAUGGUGACGGGUCUACCGCGAACGGUAUUGUCGGCAUUGACACUGUUGACCUGGGUGGCCUGAAGAUCAACGGUCAAUCGAUCGAGCUUGCAAACCAUCUCUCGGACGGCUUCAUGCUCGGCUCUGAGGACGGUCUACUAGGCCUAGCUUUUGGAUCGAUCAACACAGUUCAACCUCACGCUGUGCAUACGCCAGUGGAGAAUCUGUCCUUGCAGUCUGAUUUGAAUCACGGUUCUCAGCUUUUCACGGCUUAUUUGACGAACUCUCGCGAUCACAUACAGUCCGUCUACACAUUUGGCGAAAUAGAUUCUGAGCUCGUCGCUGGUGGGACAAUCAACUAUGCCCUCCAGUUCCGCUCCGAGUGGUCCGAGGUCAAUGGAACCCGCAUCCCGCUCGUCGGAAACACUGCCAUCGCUGACACUGGUACCACUCUGGCACUUAUAGAUGAUUUUACGUGCAAACUCAUCUAUGCUGCAAUCCCCGGAGCUACUUACGACAAGAGUGUGGGUGCUUACGUUUUCCCGGCCACUACGAAGCGGGAGUGCCUGCCUGUUGUGACCUUUGCCAUCGGUGACAAGCCAUUCACCGUCCACAAGGAUGAUCUCGCCUUCGCUGAUGCCGGGAAUGGGAUGGUUUUCGGAGGGAUUCAAUCGCGCGGGACAUUGUCCUUCAAUAUUUAUGGCGACACCUGCCUGAAGGGCAUGUAUGCCAUCUUUGAUCAGGUUUUAUGCGACGUGGAAUAUGAACUAACUAUUCUCCAGGGCAAUAAACGUUUCGGCUUCGUGCAAAAGCCCGAGUCAGCUGUGCAACACUGA